AUGACACCAGACAAAAUGGAAGAGUUGAUCGACAUGAGCCGCGAGCUCCAAGACAGGGCACUCAGAGCACAAGCCGGGAUCAACUAUCUCGCAAACCACGUCGCACUUCUCAACCGCACCGUCCUCCAGCGUAACAUCCAGCAGACCGACCUUGGCAAGCUCUUCGUCGUCCAUAAUAAAUGCCUCUGGCACUUGGCGUGCGCUUACCGCAUGCUGGACCAGGCCGUGGAUGGUGCGGAAGUGGAGAAGUGGAAGCAAGACGUAAAGGAAGACCUGCCAGAGGUGACACGCGAGCGGGUCAAGGAGUAUGUGGCCAUGCUGGACAGCAAGGGUGGAGAUAAGAAGGUCGGAGUCGAGAAGAAGGAGUCCAUCGACGACACCGAUGAAAGCAAGGUCAAGAGGGAGCAGGCCUGA